AACUCCCCCAUCACUUCCACCACCACCCCCGCAAAAUAAACAAACAAACCAAAGCCCAAAAAUAAUUCGAGCAAGAGGAGCGGCGAGGCGACGUGGAGCUCGGAAGGCAGCCCCCGACUCGAGCGAGCGCGGUACAGCAGCGAGCGGCGGCCGAAGGAGGAGGAGGAGGAGUUCCCGGCGCAAACACCAGCGUCCCAAUGGCGGAGAACGGCGAGAAGGCGGCGGAGGGAGGUGGUAGUGUGGGAGCGGGAGAGGGGGAGGAGCAGGAGGUGGAGGAGAGCGUGAAGCUGUUCGUGGGGCAGGUGCCCAAGCACAUGACGGAGCCGGAGCUGCUCGCCAUGUUCCGCGAGGUGGCGGCCGUCGACGAGGUCACCGUCAUCAAGGACAAGGCCACCAGGGCCUCCCGAGGGUGCUGUUUCCUUAUAUGCCCCUCAAGGGAUGAGGCUGACAAGGCGAUAAAUGCGUACCACAAUAAGCACACACUCCCGGGGGCAUCAAGUCCUUUGCAAGUAAAAUAUGCUGACGGAGAGUUAGAGAGGCUUGAACACAAGCUUUUCAUUGGAAUGCUUCCAAAAAAUGUGGAAGAUACUGAAUUGACGGACUUGUUUUCUGAAUAUGGAAAUAUCAAGGAUCUACAAAUUUUGAGGGGUUCACAACAAACAAGUAAAGCUGGAUGUGCCUUCCUUAAAUAUGAAACCAAGGAGCAAGCAGUGGCAGCUAUUGAGGCUCUAAACGGGAAGCACAAAAUAGAGGGUUCAAGUGUACCAUUGGUUGUCAAAUGGGCUGACACAGAAAAGGAAAGGCAGGCCCGGAAAGCACAGAAAGCUCAACUGCCAUCACCUAAUAUGCCAAAUGGAGGUCCAAUGCCACAAUCUUCAGUAUUUGGAGCUUUACAGAUGGGAUAUUUGCCUCAUCAGUAUAAUGGAUUUAGUUAUCAGCCUCCAGGGACAUAUGGACUUAUGCAGUACCCUUUAUCUCCUAUGCAAAAUCAAGCUGCCUUUCAGAAUAUGGUUCAGCCUAAUCAAGGAAACUCGAUAAGAGGAGUCAAUCCUGAACUAUCCCCCAAUGCAGUUUCAAGAUCGUUUAACGCAAUGCAUUUAGGCAGCCCUUAUCCAGGUGUGCCUGGUAUGCAGUAUACUGGAUCCUAUCCUGGUGGUCCCAUGAGCAAUCGUCCUUUUGGGAAUUCUCACAAUCCGCUUAAAGUUCCAAGUGCGAAUGUCAAUUCUAUUGCAUAUAGUCCCAGUAGCAAUGGUGGUGGCCAAACACAAACAGAAGGUCCUCCUGGAGCCAAUCUAUUUAUCUACCAUAUCCCACAAGAAUUUGGGGACCAAGAACUUUCCGAUGCCUUUCAGAGGUUCGGUAGAGUAGUAAGUGCCAAGGUCUUUGUAGACAAAGCAACGGGUGCCAGUAAAUGCUUCGGUUUUGUAAGCUAUGAUUCUCCUGCUUCCGCGCAGUCAGCCAUCGGUAUGAUGAAUGGCUUCCAAUUAGGUGGCAAGAAACUCAAAGUACAACUCAAGAGAGACAACAGCAAGCACAGUAAACCGUUCUGACAAAACCAUCUGUGACGACCUUACGAUCAUUGUUCUUGGUACAUAUUUGUCAGAUAGUUGAUCGUGACAUAAAUUGUUUCCCCUUGGCCCUGCGUGCCGCACCGUCCAUGGAGUCUACUACCAGGGAUCCCAUGUAUCUUCUUCGUUCAGUUCACAUUCUUGAAAAUUCGUUUACCUCGGUGUAAUUUUAUCUCAGCGUAGCAGUAGAAUUUGUACCAUCAGGCCCUUGUAUACAUCAGAAGUCAGAUUCAUUCAAUUUUACCUGUUCCUCCUGACAUAUAUGACUCUUGACUCACUUAACUUGUUUUCUGAGUCGUUUCCUAUCAUGUCCA